GGGGCGGGGCGAGAGGCGACGUCGCCGAGGCCCGAGCCGCGGCUACCGGAACUGUUGCCGGGGCGCUUGCCCGGUCCCGCGCUCAGGGGCUCCAACUCCUCCUGCCUCCACCUCUGAGUAGGAGGAGCUGCGACUACAGGCCUAUGCAUCGCACGUGCCAUGGACCCCAUCGGCAUCAACGAGCUGCCCGAGAACAUCCUGCUGGAGCUCUUCAUGCACGUGCCUGCCCGCCAGCUGCUGCUGCGCUGUCGUCUGGUCUGCAGCCUCUGGCGGGACCUCAUCGACCUCAUGACCCUCUGGAAGCGCAGGUGCCUCCUCGAGGGCUUCAUCACCGAGGACUGGGACCAGCCUGUGGCCGACUGGAAGGUCUUCUACUUCCUGUGCAGCCUCCGAAGGAACCUCCUGCACAACCCCUGUGCUGAAGAGAACAUGGAAUCCUGGGAACUUGACGCCAACCAGGGGAACCAGUGGAAGGUGGAGAGGCUCCCUGGGGACCAUGGCACAGACUUUCCUGACCCCAAAGUCAAGAAGUACUUUGUCACCUCCUAUGGGCUGUGCCUCAAGUCCCAGAUGGUGGACCUCAAGGCUGAGGGCUACUGGGAGGAGCUGCUGGACACGUUUCGGCCCGACAUCGAGGUGAAGGACUGGUUCGCCGCCAGAAGAGACUGCGGCUGCACCUACCAGAUACGAGUCCAGCUGGUUUCAGCCGACUACAUCACCCUGGCCUCCUUCGAGCCCCCGCCUGUGACCAUCCAGCAAUGGAACGAUGCCUCGUGGACAGAGGUCUCCCACACCUUCUCAGACUACCCUCCAGGCGUCCGCCACAUCCUCUUCCAGCACGGGGGCCACGACACCCAGUUCUGGGCAGGCUGGUAUGGGCCCAGGGUCACCAACAGUAGCAUCAUUGUUAGCAACAAGAUGGCCAGGAAGCCAGCCCCAUCUGCCGCGGUGUCUGACAAUGUAGGGGUGGAGGAAGCUGCCCAGGUGCCUUCUCACCUGUCUGCCCGAUGACAGUCGCCUGGCCAUCAUUCGUCCAUCCUCUAUCCAGGUCAGCUGCAGGUCCCUCCAGGCGAGAGCUGGGCCAGCAGCAGGCAGUCAGUUCCCCCAGCUGCUGGAAACUUACGGUCACACUGGUGCUGGUGUUUUGUUAUAAUAAAUGUUUUCAGUGAAACCAG